AUCUUCUCUCUGUUGUGUCUCUCUGAGCACGGCUCCUACCCAAAGCCCUUUCGAGUCAAGAGUCCUGACUUGGCACUGGGGUUUGAAUGUUGGUGUGUCGCUGCUUUACAAAUACAUGUGGCUUCCCUCGCCAAUGCAGGCGGAGCGGACGCAGCAAAUAAGAUUUUGUGGGACGUCUCUUUUCUACCAACAAGGCAGUAAAGUGUGUGUGUGUGGGGGGGUGAUCCUGGCUGGGUGGAGAAACACAGAGGCGUUCCCCGGCGCUUUCCCCAUUAAAUGGGAAGCGGCUGCUCGCCGCUGCUCCAGCCAUGAUCGCCCAGGACCACCCGAUCCUGACGAUCCUAUUAUCCGCCCUGGCGUUCCAGAGCCUGCGGCUCGUCCUGCGGGCGCGGAGCUGCUGCCUCCUCCCGAAACAGGUCGAGGGUAACAAGACCAAGUCGUGGCGAUGGACCAACCUCAGCGUCUCCCUGGUGCACUCGGCGAUCACAGGACCGUGGGCUUUGUUGUGCGUAUACAACUCUCCUGAAAUGUUAACUGAAAUAUUAACGUUUCACAGUUCCUUUUCAUACUUGCUCAUCUGUGUUUCCACGGGUCUGUACCUGGUGCAAAAUGAUUUUCUGCAUGCAAAACUUAUGAAAACCCAUGUUGUUAUUGUAAUUUCCACAUUCCUGUAUAUUGUGCUGACCCAUUAUUAUGUUGCUGGUGCCGUCGUUGCAUUGUUUGUUGAGAUAAACAGCAUCUUCCUCCACACCCGACUGCUUCUGAAACUGGCAAAUGCACAGACCUCUCAGCUAUACCACUACAACAAGUACAUCAAUGUCUUCACCUAUAUUGUUUUUCGGCUGCUUGCUCAGUUUUAUCUCACUUGGUACGUGCUGACGAAUUUAAGCAUCCUCCCCAACUCAGGCUACAUUAGUCUGAACUUGAACGCAAUGAACGUCAUGAUCUUGGUUUAUUUCUACCGUCUGAUCCGCACAGAUUUCUUCAGGAAGCCGAAGCACUACUUACAGAAUGGCAACAACAACACAAAGUUUGUGGAUGAUUAAAAGAUUCGUGCGUUUGAAAAUUAUGGUUUGAAAUGGAGACAGAUUUAUUGAAUUAAUUUAAAGCUGGACUAAAUACAUGAAGCAGAAUACCUUAAAUUUUAACUGUUUAACUGCUGUCUGUCCAAGAUUGCAUUUCUAAUGUAAUAUAUAUAAUGGGGUGAGUUUUUAGGCUGCUAAGGAAGGAAACUGAUGGAGCCAGUACACAUGCGUGUUAUCUUUAUUAGUCAAAAUGGCUAGAUUGGGUAGGACAAGAAAUGUGACAAAAAAAAUUAUGGUGUAAUUGUAAGGAUAAAAACUGUGUACAUGUUUUCUUUUAAUUUAUUGUAAUAAGGGAAAUAAAAGAUACAAGUGUAUAAUACCAGUAAGGAGCCUUGACAGAGCUCCAUCAGACACUAAGCAUUAUUAUCCAGAGAAUGGAUGUGCAAUAUGGAUGAGGAAGGUUCAUGUUUGAUACCCAGUCUGAUCACUGUUGUGACGGUGUUGUGGUAAUAGAGGUAGUCACAGUGCUUCUGGGUUGUGGAGCUAAUAAAGAACUGAGAUUCCUGCCUUGGAUCGACCAACUGGCAAUCCCUUCUGAAAGUUCAGGUGGGUGACCAGAUAUAGGGGAAGAUUGUUGGGCUUGGCUGUGGCAAAUAAUCUGUCAAUACCAUCGACUCUGUAGUUUUGGAGUCUUGGCUUACGUGCAUUUAGUGAGAUAGGAGUUAUCACGAGCAUGUGGGCAGGCCUCAGCCAGGGAAACUGUCUGGAGCAGAUGUGGGAAACAUGCACAGCUGGUCAGGAAACCUGCUACAGGGUACUGUUGGCAGCAUCCUCCAAGAUGUCUUAAGACAAUACUUAAACAUCUGCAAAUGUUACUUUUUUUUUAAAGCACCUUCACCUUUGCAACCAGUUGAGCUACCCAGAAAGUGAAAUAAUGCCUCUGCCAUUCACAGCAAUAUCAGAUAUGGGGACAGAGAAACCUCUUAUCACAGGCUUGCUAACACUGCAUAUGCUGGAUGCUGGGAAAUCCAUCAUAUGAUGUAUUCAUAUCUAUUUAAGGAUAACAUUAACUGCGCAGCCCAUUUUAAAGGCCUAGGGUUCCUCAAACAAAAAAGUUAGACUGGGCUGGAGAAGUUCUUUAAAGAGAUUUUUUUGCCUCAGUUGGCUGAAGUAAGACAAACUCCAUAAUGUAAUUUCAGCAGAAAAUCUCACUAUCCAAAUUCAUGCAUUAUUUCUGGCUACUUGGAUGAGGUACAUAGGACAUCUAACUUGUUCACAUAAUACAAUGCCAAAAAAACUGAUCUUUUGUUAUGCUACAGUAGUCACUGUCCAUGAGCAGAUGUCUUCAUAGCAUUAUGUUUGUGUUAAGUAAUUUGUGUUUAACUGCAUUUGUAGAAUUAAAUCUUACCUGUAAAACUGAUGCAAAACUAAUUUCAUUCUCUAUGCGUAAACAAAAUUUGCAAUGGAGAACAGUAAGAAAUGUAUGUUUUUAAUAAUAGCACAGCUCGUAUGUGAAAAGGGUGCAAUCAACUGUCUACACAAAAUGGAAACAGCAGUUAUGUGUAGCCCUCCUUUUUAAAAGGCAAUUUCUGCUGUCUUGCAAGGAGAUUGAGGAGGUAAUGUGAUAUUUUUAAUACGUUAGCAUUACCUGUUAACAUACCAGUGCCACUGCUUUGAUUAUGUGCACUAUCAUGCUGAAAUGCAAUUUUACUAAACUUUUUCACUAUAUCUAUAUUUGCAAGUAAAACAGGUGGAAAGAAUUUAUAUCUUGCAUUUUUCAAAUCUUCCAAGUAUGUUUAUUCAAAGUUUCAGAGGGACUGCAUUUCACCUGCCUUCUUCUACUGUUCCAAAACUUGCUCAACAGGAAAUUGUAUCUUGCAAGUCCAACAUUCCUAAAGCAAUGUGGCCACAAAUGAAUAUCAGAUGGCUAAAAGCAAAGACGAGUUUAAGGAGAGGAAUUGACAUUAACACUCUCCUGUGUGAUUUGUAGCAUUAUUGGAAUAGCUCAGACAAUGGCAACCUAGAAGUUUUGCCUUGGUCAAACAGCUCUGGCUUUAUUUUUAAGGCAUUCCAGAGCUCUUGUGGACAAUACACAAUCCCAAUUAUUUAUCUAACUUUUAUUAAUGUUAAAUGCAAGGCUUUUUAAUGUCUGUGACAAUAGCGUUGCCCCAACAUCUGUCCAUGUGUGAACCCUGCAUAAUUAUAUGUCAUUUCCUCUCAAAUUCUGUAGAAUUAAAUUAAGCAUUACAGUCACUCUUUGCUGUUAUUUUACUAAUAAUACUUUCUAGAAACGUCCAGUUGCAGCACUGCACUCCUCUUAGUUGAAACUUGUCUUGUAUGGUUUCCAUAGCUUUGCCAAAAGACAGUAAUGGUUAUUAAUAGAUAAAAUCAUUUCUCUUUUAUAGUUGUAUAUGACACUGAUUGACUUCUUGUGAAGUACUAAUGCAACUCAAUGCAUAUGUUAAGUUAGAUUGACAAGACGAAUGAUCAAUGUUUAUGACACCUGAAAGCCCAGCAAGUAUAACCGUGUGCAUUGUUGCUUGUGAUUUCUUUGUUAUCAGGCAACUGGUGCAAAACCUUCUGCCAAUAACAUAGCAUUCAAAACAGUAAGCUUAUUCUGUUCCAAAAAAAAUGUUAAAGAGUUGGUCUAGAAUAUUAUAAAACCAAGUAUGAAUGAGGUGAGUUACUCUAUGAGUGACACUAUCGUUAACAGAAUAUUGAAUAUCUAAGGAGAAUCUGCUGUGUUAUGAUAAAAUGUGGUUCACUAGGGCGGGGUAAAUGUAACUAUUAUAUCCUUUUUAAACCAACUGGGAUGAUAGGCAGAUAUUGGGCUAGUAACGAUCUGCUUGAACUAGUUUGGUGAAAUGUAUGUUCUUUUCAUUAAAAUUGUUGGUGCUGCUAAUAAUGUUUGUUGCCUUGUAUAAAAGAGAGUAAAAUGUAGAGUUUUCUAUGUUUUUCAGAAUCUUUGACAAAUAAAAUUACAUUCUGUGAACUUCAA